AUGGAGGCGCCGUCGCGUUUCUUUGAGGGCCGGGCCGACGUGUUCGUGGAGACGGCGGAGUCGUCGAACUCGCCCGCCUCCAGCCGGCAGGACGUGGCUCCGCCGCGGGAGGGCAAAUACGAGGGCGGUGGGCCGCAGCGGAGCCGCAACACCAGCGGGCUGCCCGGGGACUACUUCAAUGUGCUUAGCGCGGACAAGGCGGAGACCCUCUCCAUCCCCCCCGACCUCAUCGAGCCCACGGCCGGCUCGCGGAGCUACCUGGCGAAGAACCAGAGCAGCGGGGCCCCCACUUUCUCCUUCUACCUCUGCAAGCUGUACACCAGUGGCUCAACCUGCGCCCACGGCUCCUUCUGCGACUUUAUUCACAGCCGCCACGUCUUGUCAGAUGCCUCGCAUCGCAGUGGGCGGGUGAAGGCCUUUCAGGUGCACUGGUCGACGCCCAUUCCUUCCUUGGCGGAGGCCGUGUAUGAGCGACAUGAACCUGGGUUUGUGUUUCACAUCAACCAAAACAACUUCUCCGGGAGUUCUAGCCAAGCCUCCAGUAAUAAUGCGCCGGACAGGCGACGACUGGCCUCAGAGUACGUUUAUAAGACGAAGGGAAGCGAGGAGGCCAUGCUGCAUGGCUCAAGCAGACUUCUUCGAUUGUGCAAACACUACGAACGUGAAAAGUGUGCACGGGGAAGACUGUGCCGGUUUGUGCACCGCGUCCAUUUGAGCUCCUCCGCGCCGGCGCCCCUGUCUCCGCCAAUGCCGCUGACAGCCCCAACAAUAACAGCGCCCCUCUCCUACAACCAAGCCGCCGAGCUCAGUACUACCAUUAACCUGUCUCAGAGCCCUGCAAACACUCGGCCACGCUUUUCACAAGGCGUUGAUCGUCUGACGACAAAUGUCCUGCAGGCUCACCCUCGGCGUGAAGGCGGCAUCUCCUUCGACGCCCGCGGUGUUCCACGCGCGAGUGGUGGGGUUUUCCUGGCGCCCUCGACGAUGCUAACGGCCCACCCCUCAUCGCCAGCGCAGCAAACACGGCUACACCCACAGCAGGCGCAAAAGCAGCAGCCACAGCCGCCGAUUUUGCCGCACCCAACAGGGUACCAUUUUACCCCUGUGUACACUUCUCAGCAGUCGCCGUACAUGAGAACUUCGGCAACGCAACUUUCGGCAACGCCCUUGCAAUUUUCGACCUCUUACUGCGAUCAUUCUCAGCAGCACGGUACCCAACAGCAAAAUAUGACGCCAGAACUGCAGCAACCGUCGGUGCUUCCGCUCUCUCCGGCCCCGGACUACCUCCUGUCGCAGGUCUUGUUCACCCUCAUGUAG